AUGGACACAAUUAUGGCCGACAACGGAGCUAACGUCCCCUCCGUGAGCGACCUCCUGCCCGAUGAGGGCCAAUCGUCACCGCAGGCCAAGAAGAUCUGCACGGGAGAGGCCUCGUCCUCUGCCCGACCUACGCCUGCUCCUGCCAUGGACCCGGCUGCUGACCCUGAAGCAGCACCGGAUCUUACCCUCAACGGACUGGAGUCCAGCGCUGCACCCGCGCCGGUGCUGGCUGGUCCCCUCUCGCGCCUGCGACGCAAUCGCGACGUCGUCGGAGAGGUUGUACAUAACUUGGUACGAGAUACUCACUCACUGGUCACCAUCAUCUUCCCUGAUAACGUGGCUGAAGUUCACCGCAGCAAGAUUAUCUCUCGUGUCCGCUCUGGCUUGCGUCCCGCGUUUUUCCCGCACUCUAACCGCGUGCCGACGUUUGAAUCUGUUGUGGGAGAAGUCCUCCGCCUCCCCCGUCGCUCGUACACACGCCUUGUGUUCCAGCUCCCCUCUCGCGACGAUGCCAGGGGGUUUCGCCGUGCCUUCCCAAUGACCUAUCAUCACAACGGCGGCGCCGUGGAGCUGAAACUCUAUGAUGACCCUGGACCAGAUUUCAUCGCGGCCAAGUCCCGAGGCGAAACGCACCUCGUGAUCCGCAACGUCCCCCUUGGGUACUCGCUGAGCGGGAUCCGGCAGAUGCUGACGACGAGCCGCACGCGGGAAGAGCGCAAGUGGCUCUUCGACAUUCGUUCCUUUCACAAGGUCUACGACCCUUACGAGGAGGUAUCGCAGCCGCAGAUGGUUGGCCUUCCCAUCGCUGAGACGGACGACCCCUUUUUCGAGAACAUCCCCGCAGUGUUGUGGCUCGAGGAUGCGCAACUGCCCAUGAUCAUUAACCUGUCCUGCCACUCGUGCGAGAUCUGCACGAGUAAUCAUCGCACGCGUGAUCACCAGUGGUUCGCAGCGACGAGGAACCGACGCCUUCCCAACCGGUACACGGUUACCGUGGCUCAGCUACGUAACAUCAAUGCCAAGCUGCUUGGACAAACGCCCGUUCCACUGGCAAUCAAAGCGGACCCCGGGAUCCUGUACAUAGGAUCCGAGGACGACGUCGAGCUCUGGACCUGCGCUUUGUGCGAUUUCGAAUGCGGCCUUACUCUCGACAACGCCUUCGAACACAUCCGCUCCCCGGGCCAUGGGCUGCGCCUCAUGCAGGCAGAAACCCAGACGACCCCCCUGGAGACCUGGGGCCCAAGGACAGUCCACGAUCUCCGCCAGCUUCCGGAAAUUCUCUCCUUCCUGGCGUCACUCAUGUAG